AUGAUGUUCUUUCUAUUCUCAUUAGCUCUUUCUAUUAUUUUCAUUUUUCUUCUUCAUAAAGCCAAAAUGAGUAGAAAAACCUUUCUACCACCAGGUCCAUUAGGGCUACCUUUUAUUGGAAAUUUGCAUCAAUAUGAUAGUUUAAACCCUCAUCUCUAUUUUUGGAAACUUUCCCAAAAAUAUGGAAAAAUAUUCUCAUUGAAAAUUGGAUCUUCCACUAUGGUAGUAAUUUCUUCAGCAAAAUUAGCAAAAGAAGUACUGAAAACACAAGAUUUAGCAUUUUGUAGUAGACCCUCUUUUCUUGGCCAACAAAAAUUGUCUUACAAUGGUCAUGAUAUUGCCUUUGCACCUUACAAUGAAUAUUGGAGGAAUAUGCGAAAGGUUUGUGUUGUUCAUUUAUUCAGUCUAAAAAAAGUGCAAUCUUUUAGUCUAAUUCGUGAAGAUGAAGUAUCAAAAGUGAUCAAGAAAAUAUCUCAGCAAGCAGCCGCUUCACAAAUUAUAAAUUUGAGCGACACAGUGAUUUCACUAACAAAUACAAUUAUUUGUAAAAUUGCUUUUGGUAUUACGUAUGAUGAAGAAACACAUGAACAAAGGAAAUUCACCGAACUUUCCACUAUGGCAGAAGAGCUGAUGACACAUUUUUUUUUCUCGGAUUAUUUUCCUAUGUUCGGUUGGCUUGAUAAAUUAUUUGGAAAUAUUAGUAGACUUGAGAAGAAUUUUAAUGAUUUAGAUGAGUUUUUUGAAGAACUCAUUAACCAACAUCUCAAUCCCAAUAGACCAAAAUCAAUGGAAGGAGAUAUUAUUGAUCUUUUGCUUCAAUUAAGGAAAGAACAAUCAACUUCAAUUGAUCUUACUUUGGAUAACAUAAAGGGAAUUCUCAUGGAUAUAUUAACGGGUGGAACAGACACUAAUGCAGUUGCAGUAAUAUGGUCAAUGACAGCCUUAAUGAAAAAUCCAAAAGUCAUGAAGAAAGUUCAAGAAGAAAUUAGGAAAUCAAUUAGGAUUAAAGGCAUUGUGAAUGAAGAUGAUAUUGAAAACAUGCCUUAUUUCAAUGCAGUGAUAAAAGAGAUAUUUAGAUUAUAUCCACCAGCUCCACUUCUAGUGCCAAGAGAAGCAAUGGAAAAAUCCACACUAGAAGGGUAUGAAAUUCAGCCAGGAACUAUAAUUCAUGUAAACUCAUGGGCAAUUGCCAGGGAUCCUGAAAUAUGGGAAAAUCCAGAAGAAUUUAUACCCGAAAGAUUCUUGAAUAGUGAUAUUGAUUUCAAGGGCCAAAAUUUUGAGUUGAUUCCAUUUGGAGCAGGUCGAAGAGGUUGUCCAGGUAUUGCACUUGGUGUUGCAACGAUAAAUCUUAUACUUUCAAAUCUUCUUUAUGCAUUUGAUUGGGAAUUGCCUUACGGGAUGAUAAAAGAAGACAUUGAUACAGAUGGUAUGCCUGGACUUGCCAUGCAUAAGAAAAAUGCUCUUUGCCUUGUCCCUAAAAAUUAUACCCACACAUAAACAUAUAUAAGUUAUGUUUUAAUAUACCCCUUAACAUAUGUGCAGAGUGUUUAAUAU